AUGGUCACCAGGGCUCAAAAUGGCAUUUAUAAACCAAAGGCCUAUCUUGCAACUAAACAUCCAUUGCCUGAGUCGCUUCUGCCUAGUGAACCAAGGUCUACUAAUCUUCGAAAUCCAGCCUGGUUUGCUUCUAUGCAGCAAGAAUACAAUGCUUUGAUUGCCACAUGUACUUGGGCUCUUGUACCUUAUGAGCCUCAUAUGAGUCUCAUUGGAAAUAAGUGGGUCUAUAGGGUGAAACUAAAGGUAGAUGGGUCCUUUGACAGAUUCAAAUCUAGGUUGGUUGCAAAGGGGUAUCUACAAUAG